AUGGCCCCGCCGCAGGCGUUUGAGGCUCAAAAAAACAAGUCACAUCAAGGUAAGCUUGAAUUAUCUCUUAUUUAAUUGAAAAUAACAUUCCAGUUCACAAAUCGGGCGGUAAAAUUAAGAAGAAAAAGGAAAAAACAAAGGUAAAAGGCCACAAUGCAAAAGCAUUCACUUUCCAAUCUGCAGUGGCUGCAGGAAAAGCCGUUCGGAGGUUCAAGCAUCGACAUUAUUCCGGGAAAAUUGGUUUUUUUCAGGGCUGCUGAUCUUAAUGAAAGGAAAAAACACACACUGAUGAUGGAUAGGAAGCCCUUGGAGCCUCCACCAAUAAUCGUCGCGAUUGUGGGUCCGAGCAAGGUUCACUAGAAGAUCGAAGAUCUUGAAAUUCAAACUUUUCUCUCGUAGGUUGGAAAAUCUACGCUCUUGAAAGGCCUAGUGAAGUACUAUUUACGAAUUGGCGUUGGCGAAUUGAAAGGUCCACUUUUUCUCUCAAAAAAAAAAUUUAUUUUUUUUUUUCAGGUCCUAUCACUAUCGUUACUGGUAAAAAGCGAAGGAUACAGUUCAUUGAGGUGAAGAACGACAUCAACCACAUGAUCGACAUUGCCAAAGUUGCAGAUUUGGUUUGUCAAUCAUAUAUUAUAUGUGAAUAAGAAGAUGAAAAACUUUGAUAAUUAAUAACUGUAAGCCGUUUCUUUCAGGUUUUGCUCAUGGUCGACGCCUCUUACGGAUUCGAAAUGGAGACAUUUGAGUUUUUAAACAUAUGUCAAGUCCACGGAAUGCCUAGAAUCAUGGGAAUUCUAAACCAUUUGGACCUCAUCGAUGGAAUUUCCAAGGCAAGUUUUCCCAGCAGAGAAUUAAAAAAAAAGUUGUUUUAGGUCAACAAAACGAAGAAGAUUUUGAAGCACAGAUUUUGGACCGAAUUGUAUCAAGUAUUUUUCGAUGAAUUUUAUUUUUCCAACCGCAUUUUUUUCAGGGAGCCAAACUGUUCUACUUGUCCGGCAUGAUCCACGAUCAGUACAAAUCUCACGAAAUUCACAACCUGGUCCGGUUUAUUUCUGUGAUGAAAUUUCGGCCGAUGAUUUGGAAGGACGCCCAUCCCUACAUGCUCUGCGACCGUUAUGAAGACACUACCGAUCCGGAGGUAAUUGAAAGUGAAAAUUAAAAGAAAGCUAUUAAAAAUAUUUUUUUGUAUUUUUUUGUUGAGAAGUAUUCGAUUAUUCCUUUCUCAUGCAAAAACGGAUUCCAGGAACUUCGCAACGACUCAAAGAUAGACCGAUCGAUUUCGCUGUAUGGAUGGGUUCAUGGCGCUCAUCUGAAAAAUAACUCUUCUGUCCAUGUUCCCGGUGUUGGAGACCUUCGAAUCACGAAUGUAGGUUUCACUCAAAAGUUUCAAAUAAAAUUCAAAAGACAUUUGCAACUUCUAAGAAUAAUUUCUUGUCGGUUUUUUCUCACUCUUCAAAUAUUUAUAUUUCUUAUAAAUUUUAUGGUAAUUCACCCAGUACAAAAAAAAAUCUGAAACUUUCCGAUCCCUAUUUAUCGCUAAAUUUUUCACUCGAUGUGUUUUUUAAACAGGUGACGACUCUUCCGGAUCCUUGCCCCCUACCCGAGGAGAUGAAAAAACGGGCUCUGAACGAAAAAGAGAAGCUCGUUUAUGCGCCAUUCUCCGGAUUGGGAGGAAUCAUUUACGACAAAGACGCUAUUUACAUCGACACGAAAGGCGUUCAAUCCAUGAAUGUCAGUUUUUUUUUUUCUAAAAUUAAGAUCGGAAGUUUUCAACAGCAAAAAAUGAGUAGCUCUUAAACUUUGAAAUGUGCUUUCAGAGGUCGUGAUUAUAAAUAAGAAGACGAAUAAUAAAAGCCGUCAACUUUUCCUCUAAGUAUUUUCUGAAACAAAGCUAGCGCUUUCUCCCUGAAGAUGAUUUUUAUAAGGAAGCAAAAUUAUUUUUGGUUAAAAACAAGCUUUAAGCUUGCCAACCAACUAAUUUUUCAAAGUUUUCGAAAAUCAAACCUUUUUCCUCGAAGAGCCUUGCACAUGUACUUUUUAUUGUCAUGGCUAUCUGUUUUUUUGUUUAAAAAAAAAAAAAAUAUGUUGUGUUUGCAGAAAAAGCGCGGAGUUUUGGUGGAAGCGUUAGAAGGCGUACAAACGGGAAUCGACGAUAAACUGCGAAACUCAGAGCUUCGACUGCUGUCCAAUUCGGUGCCGCUGGAAGUUGAUGAGGGAAUGGUUGGUUUCAGCUGAUUGAGGAAAUUUAUUCUCGACUGAGACUUCCUUUUUCAAAAAAUGUUUUUUUUUGUCGAAAUCCAAGAUCCUAGGUCGUCUCUACUGGCUCUGAAAAGAAUUCAAUCCAAAUUAAUACUUGGGAAAUUUUUCAGUUUGACCGUAGUGUAAAAUACGGUCAUUUUUCAAGAAAAAUACUUUUUGAAAAGGUUUUCAAUAGUUUUUAUUAAAAAAUGUUUCUAAUUCCAUGAAAUUUUAUGUGAAAUCAUUGAGACAAAAAGAGAUUCAGCUGAAUUAAAAAAAUUGACGCUGAAAAUUCGAAUAAACUUCCAGUUGCCAUGCAAAUGUGUGCUUCAUAAAUCUUUUAUUUUUUAGGACAUUGAUGAAGAAUUUAAAGAAGAAGAGGAUUUUGACGAUGAAGAAGAAGACUCAGACAGUGCUGGAGAUGAAGAGGAGGAAGACGAGAAAGAAGGAAAUCUCGGAGAAUGGGACAAUUUGGCGUCGAAGGCCCUUUUGCAGUACAAAGAUCGUCCUCGCAGCAAGAUCAGCUGGAUGAAAACUGUUUAUGGAGAAGGUGCCCUUUUUCAAGAAAAUAGCUAUUUGAAAUGAUUUCCACUCGAACAUGGAUUCAUACUCUUCCAGGAAAAAAAAACUAGACAGAAUGAAUUUUUCAUUAUUUUUAUUUGCUUAAAAACAACCAUGUUUCAUGCUCACUAUUUUCGGUUUACAGAAUCAGUUGGAAGUACGAAAAUCACGGAGACACCGGAAAAUUUCGAGGGUUUAUUCGUUAUUCGCAAGGAGAAAGUGAAGAACAUUGUUGAUCAGGUUUCAUCGAUUUAUCUUUGUCCCAUAAAAUACAAGAAUUGAAGGAAGACGGCUUCUCUUAUGAAGUUUUGCCGUCUAGCUGCAGUUCCGGUCAGCAGUGGGACGAGCAAGAGGUGAGGAACAACCGAAAAAUCGAGGUUCAAUCGGAAUUUCCUAGAUGCGCGAUUCGAUUGCGGAUUGUUUCGUGACGGGGACUUGGACAGAAGAAGACGCUGAAGAGGCCAAAUUGAAAGGUUCAGGGGAAUCCGAGAUCUUUUUGAGAGUUCCUGGAUAAUUCUUAGAAGAGCUGGAGGAUUCUGACGAAGAUGAAGACGACGACGAGGAAAAGUUUGGAAGUGACGUCGGAGAUGAAGAAGGUUCUGAUGAGGACGAAGAAAUGAAAGACGUCGACGGUUAGAUUUUCGAAGAGUUAUUUCCAAAUUCACUGCUUGAUUGAGACCAAAAACCGAAUUUUAGUGACCACCAUAAGUGUACUGAGAGCAGUAAUAUUUCAAAUUUCAAAUUGAAGAACCCGAAUCGGCUUUGAGUAAAGCUGAAAAGGCGGCCAAGGAGCGCCGAGCAGAUGAAAAAGUGAAACUGAAGCAAAAAUUCAACGACGAGUAUGACGAUUCUUCCAAGUUUUACAACGAAAUGAAGGUAGUUAACGAGACAAAUUACAAAAAAAUGUUAGAAAGAUUUCAGAACGAGAUGACCGCUCAAGCUGAUCUGAACAAGAGCAUUUUCGAGGGAAUGGAUGAAAACGAACGCGAACGCAUCGAAGGUUUUUUGGAAUAACAAUUGUAUUGUUUCACAUCGAAAUUCUGUUUGAAUUCGAGGUUUCCGAGCCGGAAAGUAUGUGCGAAUCGAAUUGGAAGACGUUCCGUGUGAGUUCGUCGAGAAUUUCGAUCCGGCGGCUCCUUAUGUCGUGGGAGGGCUGCUUCCAGGAGAGCAGAAUAUGGGCGUCGUUCAGGUUUAUUCACAUUCCUGGAUGCAAAAUUAAAUAUUUUUCUUGGUCAAUCGCUAUAAUAACGAAAAAUUUUUUUAAUUAAUUUAGAGAGAUAAACGAGGUUUUUUUGAAAUCAGCAUCGAUAAUUUUUGCGCUAGCCACGAUAGAUGGAAAUUGAUGUUUUCGAAAUCAUGAAAUAUUACAUUUUUAUUUGAUAAAAAAGUUGCAUCAGAAAAUUUUCAGUGGUAUCAUAUUCAUCUUUGUGAAACAUUUUGUCAUUUUUUUUUUCUUAAUUUUGUGGAUUUUCAAUACUCACUUUCCCGUUAAAUGAACAUGUAUUAAAAAAUCUGUGCUAGAAGUUGCAAACAGGAACCUAUCCAUCCAAUCUUUUUUAUCUAAUUUCUCGUUUUCAGGUUCGACUGAAGCGUCACCGUUGGUUUGAACGUACGUUGAAGUCGCGUGAUCCUCUCAUCAUCAGCUGUGGUUGGCGUCGAUUCCAAACAGUUGCCAUCUAUUCAAUUCAGGUUUGACCAAAGCGUUCGGAAAAUAAAAGGAAAUACCAUGAAUCCAAAUUUUUUCGAGUUUUUUUCAUUUCUCAAAACUCUUGCGAAUUCUCGAAGUCUUUAUUUUUCCUGCAUAAUGUUUAAACCUAUUUGUAUGAUCACCAUCUUUUUGAAUACCCGACCCAUUCUCAACGCGAAUCAAUCGUUGCAGGACCACAACAUGCGGUUGCGGUUUCUGAAGUACACGCCGGAACACAUGCAUUGUCAUGCUUCCUUUUGGGGUCCCAUAAUCGCUCAAAACACGGGAUUCCUCGCUGUUCAAUCCGUUUCUGACCAGACUGUAUGAUAUCUUUUCUCGACUUUAAAACGUCCAUCUUAGCCUGGGUAUCGAAUCGUCGCCACUGGAGGCGUUUUGAACCUCGACAAGUCGACGCAAGUUGCCAAGAAGCUCAAGCUUGUCGGAACUCCGGACAAGGUCUUCAAGAAAUCGGCGUUCAUCAAGGUUUCACGAAAUGAAAAGCUCUAAAAAAAACGCGAUAUUUUGAGGGCAUGUUCAACUCUUCGAUGGAGGUGGCCAAGUUUGAAGGCGCGACGAUUAGAACAGUUUCCGGCAUCAGAGGACAGGUGAAGCGAGCUAUUAAAGAGCCACCUGGCGCCUUCCGUGCCAUGUUCGAGGACAAGAUCUUGAUCAAAGGUCCUUUUUUCAAUCAAGCCUGAAGGAGUUAUUGAGAGACUUAUGUUAUCUUUGAUUCAAUAUUUUGAUAAUUAAAAGUUUAUUUUUUUGCCAAGUUUAGUCUUCAGUUAUUCUCAAUCUUCAUCACUUUACAUCAAAACAUAUUAACAUGCGUAAUAAAAAGUUCUUGUAUUUAAAAUGGCGUUCAUCAUUUCUGGAGGGAAACAUUAACGAUGAACUCAAUUUCCAGCUGGUGUUACCAUUAGCAAAAUUUUAAUUGCUUGAGCAAUAAUUAAUCGAUAACUUGGUUCGAAUAUUCAAUCCUCGUAUAGGAAUUCACAAGGCUCGCUGCGCUAGAAGUCGAUUUUGCUUGUUAGGUGGAAAACAAGUCUAUUUUGGAUAAUAUUGAAACUUUAAUAAUUGAAAUUUUUUGAAAAAAAAAACAGUGGUAGAGAUAGCUAAACUGUUGCAGAAGAAAAUCUAUUAUGAACUUUGCUUCAUGUCUCAUUCUCCAGACAUUGUCUUCCUCCGGUCAUGGGUAACAGUGCCGAUUCCGCGGUUCUACACCCCCGUAACCGAUCAUCUUUUGCCGCAGUCAGAGCCUUGGAAGGGAAUGCGAACCGUUGGAAAGAUGAGACAUGAACUCGGAUUGAAGGCCCCUCUCAAGGAAGACUCCAACUACAAGGUUCUCGAAGUCUUUCUUGUCUUCUACUUGUUUCUAUUUCAGCCAAUCGAAAGACAGGAAUUCGUCUCUGCUCCUCUCUAUGUUCCUCACAAGCUCCAGAAAAGCUUGCCGUUCAAGAUGAAGCCCAUUUUCCACGAAAGAGAUGAAGUGGUAUUUUCUGCUAGUUUUUGCUCUGUAAUUCGAAUUUUACUUUCUCAGGAGGAAGAUUCUUUGGUUACUAAACACUCGGCCGUAAUUUUGGAGCCUGAAGAAGUGAAACGGAAGCGGAUGAUGGAAAUGCUCAGGACUUUGAACAAGUAGGCCUUCGAAGAUAUUUCAGCCAUUAAAGCCUUUUUUCAGAGUCGAUAAAGACAAACGCGACGCGGAUCAUGCAAAAUACGAAGAGAAGAAAGCCAAAGAGGUGACUCAGUAGGAAUUUGAUUGUUAGAAAGGAAUAAUUACAGACGGAAGCUUUCGAGAAGAAACGCGAAGGAAACAUCAAAUCGCGGAAGAAGGCGAUCAGCCGCGUUCUGAACAAACGCGAACAGGCCAAGCUGAAAAGAGUCCUCGGCGCCUCGGCCUCCAGCAGUUGA